AUGUCCAAACCCCGUCACUCCUCCACCACAGCACCGCAGGAUCCUCCACCAGGCUACGCCAUCGACCCCACUGCUCCUCCAAUACUCCGAUACCAAGCUUCCCUCCCCUCCCUCCCCGUUCCAACCCUCCAAUCCACAUGCGCAAAAUACCUCGAAACAGUGCAACCGCUUCUAACUCCCUCCGAAUAUAACAACACCCAAUCCUCUGUCUCCCAAUUCCUUGCCUCCUCACAGGCCGCGGAACUCCAACGCCGUCUCCAAGAAAGGGCAGCAACGCCCGGGGUACAGAAUUGGCUCAGCGACUGGUGGAAUGAAGCAGCGUAUAUGGGGUACCGCGACCCAGUGGUGGUGUUCGUGAGCUACUUCUUCGUGCACGUGGAUGAUCGUAUGAGGAGGGACCCAGCCAAGAGGGCGGCGAGCCUGAUCAAGGCCAUGUUGCCUUUCCGGGAUCUUACUGAGAGUGGAAAAUUAGAACCUGAAAAAGUAAGAGGUGCACCACUGUGCAUGGAAUCCUAUAAAUGGCUCUUCCACGCCUCGAGAUACCCCGCCAAACCAUCGGACACAGCGGCAAAGUUUGACCCCCCCACGAACAACCACAUCGUUGUCAUUCGGAAGAAUCGCUUUUUCGUUGUACCCCUUGCGCACCCCAACGGGGAAGAAUUAUCCUAUUCUGAGCUUGAAGCACAAUUCAACCACAUCAUCUCUGUUGCAGGGCCAACACCGUUCUCUUUCCCAAUCGGCGCCCUGACAUCAGACAGCAGGGAUCUAUGGACCGACGCGCGUUCUGCUCUUAUAGCUGCGUCUCCAAAAAACGCGGAACUUCUCCAGAAAAUUGAGAGCGCAAUGAUCGUGGUGGCGCUGGACGACUCGAAGCCUGUUACGCGGGACGAUAUCAGCUGGGCAACGUGGGUGGGCAAUGGCAGGAAUAGGUGGUAUGACAAACACCAGUUGAUCGUGUACGAGAACGGCCGCUCCGGAUUCCUAGGCGAACACUCCUGCAUGGACGGGACACCCACACUACGGAUGAACGAAUUCGUCCUCGCCUCCAUCGCAUCUAACAAAGUUCCCCUCACUCCCUCUUCCGUCCCCAUCGACAUCACCUCCCUCCCCCCCGUCUCAGAGCUCCAAUUCACCCUCAACGACACCACCAAAUCCCUCAUCCGCGCCUCCGAAAAACGGUUCGACGACCUAGUAGGCGCACACGACCUGCACGUCCUCCACUACGAAGGCUUCGGUAAAAACCUCCUGAAGAAACAUAAAUUCUCACCCGACGCCGGCGCCCAACUCAUCCAACAACUCGCGUUUCACAAAAUGUUCGGGCGGCCCGGGGUGACGUAUGAAUCUGCGCAAACGCGGAAAUUUAAGUUGGGGAGGACGGAGGUUAUCAGGAGCGCUAGUAAAGAGUCGAAAACAUGGGCAGAAGCCAUGCUUUCUACUUCUCCUUCUUCCCCUUCCUCUUCCUCACCACGGGAAUUGAAAGCGCUUUUCGGGAAAGCCGUGGCUAGGCAUAUGCAGUACUCUGCUUGGGCUGCGGAUGGUCAGGGGGUGGAUAGGCAUUUGUUUGGGUUGAAGAAGUUGGUGAGGGAGGAUGAGGAGGUGCCUGCGAUUUAUAAGGACCUGGCGUUUGGGAGGUCGAGUCAUUGGGAGUUGAGUACGAGUCAGUUGAGUUCGAGGUUCUUUGAUGGGUGGGGAUAUGGAGAAGUGGUCCCUGACGGGUACGGCCUCUCAUACUCGAUAGGCGACAACUAUAUCCGGUGGACAAUCACGUCGUUGAAGAGGGACACGAAGGUGUUGAAGCAUUACUUGGCAGAGGCGGCGAGUGAGGUGAAGGCUAUGUUGGAGGCUGCGGAAAAGGCAGAGGUGAAGGCGGUGGAGAAGGAGGAUGCAAAGUUGUAG